GCCGGUAUUCACCAGGAUGACCACAAAUAUAAUUCAUCCGUUUCUUGCUGGACCGAGUAUCGAACUUCCGGUCCCUCAGCCCUGUCAGAACCCGGCUAGCUCCGACGGGGAGAUCAUAUCGCUCAAUGAAUCCCAACUUGCUCUCAAAAGCCACAAUGAGGCAAGCCAACCUGCGCAGACUCAGCCUGCACCGGCCGAAGAGCCUCCAACCGCACACAAAAGCCAAUCCAAACCACCCGAGCUGCCCACCCUCUUCGCCGAAAUCAUCUUCAUCAUCGUCUGCUCCAUGGGCCAGCUGCUCUUCGCCAUCCUCCUCUCCAACACCCUCGUCAACCAGGUGACUUUGGUCGAAGCACUCGGCAUCAGCGGUUCCCUGUCGCCAUGGCUCGUCGGCUCCUUCCUCCUCGCCAACGGCAUCUCCGUCGUUAUCUCAGGGUCCCUAGCUGACCUCACGAACCCUAAAUGGCUAACCGUCGGGGCCUUCAUCUGGCUCACCAUUUGGGACUUGAUCGGUGUCUUCUCCAUCCAGCCCUCGCGUAUGGUAUUGUACUUCUUCGCCCGCGCCAUGCAGGGCAUCGCGGUGGGGGUUCUCGAGUCCACAGCCAUGAGCAUCCUCGGACGCGUGUACAAGCCGGGACAGCGCAAGAACAAAGUCUUCGCGAUGAUGUCCGCCAUGAUCCCCAUGGGUUUCGGGAUCGGGGCCCUCCAGGGCGGGGCCUUCAGCGCCCAUCUGCACUGGGUGUUCGGGUCCACAGCUAUCCUGUGCGCUAUUUGCGCAGCCGCAGCGUAUUGGGUCGUACCGUCCAUUCCCCCAUCGACUCGCGAACAAGGCAGCGACCAACUCCUCUCGAUCAAGGACUUCGAUUUCCUCGGCGCAGCCGUCUGCGCGUGUGGCUGCGGACUGCUCAUCUUCGGCCUGACGCAAGGCGCCCCUACGAACUGGACGCCAUACACCUACGCGCUAGUGAUCGUGGGCGCACUCUUCUUCGUGGCAUUCUACUUCGUCGAGCAAUGGGUCACCCGCCCACUGAUCGACAACCGGGUUUGGAGAACCCCCGGCUUCAUUGGCCUCAUGGUAUCUUACUUCCUCGGCUACGGCGCCUUCGUCGGCGCGUGGAUGUUCUACGCCGUCCGCUUCUUCCUCACCAUCCAAAGCAAACCACCCAUCCUGGCGGCGGUCUAUCUCCUCCCCAUCGCAGUCGCAGGGACUCUCGCUACGUGGGUCGUCGCGAAAACCCUCCAUAUCCUCCCGGGCCAUUAUAUCCUCAUCACCAGCAUGAUUUCGUUCACCAUGGGACCCGUCUUCUUCCUCCCCCAGACGGCGAAUACAACGUACUGGGCGCUUUCUUUCCCCGGGAUCAUUCUAGCGACCUUUGGUCCAGAUAUGUCGUUCGCGGCGGCAUCGAUCUUCAUUACCUCGAAUGUGCCCAGGUCGUUCCAGGGCGCGGCGGGGAGCUUGUUAAUUACGAUGCAGAAUCUGUCGUCGGCGGUGUUCACGGCAGUAGGGGAUACCAUCGGGGAGAACGUUACGAAGAGUGGAGGGUAUGCGUUGGAUCUGGAAGCGUUGAGGGCGAUCUGGUGGUUUAGUUUGGCAGCGGCGUUGUUGGGCGCGGUUAUUUGUGCGGUGUUUGUACGCAUUCCGAAGAGUGAGGAGAAGGAGCAUGUUCAGUGA